CCGACCUGAUCGCUUUCCUCUCCCUCCCACACCCGCUCCGCUCCAUCCGUCCUCCCGAUCACCGCCGAAUUCCCCUCGCUCGACUCAUCACUCAACUAACCACCCACCCCACCCCCGCCGGCAAGCCAUGGGCGCCGCCAACAGCCGCGAGGACCUCGACCUCACCUCCUCCUCCGGCGAGGAGGAGGAGGAGGAGGACGCCGACGAGGAGUACGACCCCGGGUCCGCCUCCGGGCCGCGGAAGGACGACCCGCUCCGGGCCGCCACCCCGGCCUCCAUCGAGUUCCUCGACGCCAAGCUCCGGGCCCUCGACCUCAAGUACAAGCAGCCGGACAACGCCGCCCGCCUCUACCUCCACGUCGGCGGCGCCUCCGCCGACGCCCGCUGGGUCCCCGCCGAGCGCCGCGCCACCUACGCCUUCCUCGACAAGGCCGCCGCCGCCGCGGCGGAGGACGACGGCUACGACGACGAACGCCGCGGCCGUCGCUACACCUCCUCCUCGUCCUCGUCGGCCUCGCGGGGGCCCAGGUGGGUCCUGGAGGUGGGCCCGGGCCGGCGGGUGUCGGCGCCCGUGGGGCAGGAGCUGCAGCUCAAGGCGCUCCCGGGGCAGCGCCGGGCGGACUUCGCCGCGGCGGGGUCCGUGUGGGCGCUGCGCUUCCCCAACGACGCCGCCUUCCGCCGCUUCCGGGAGCAGUACGACCGGUGCCUCUUCGAGAACACGUACGGGGUGGAGGCCACGGACGAGGGCCGCCGGGAGGUCUUCGGCGCCGACUUCGCCGCCUGGGCGCGCCCCGCCGAGGCCGACGACGCCGUCUGGGCCGACGCGGAGGACGACCUCGCCCCUGCCCCCGCCAGGGACCUGCUCGAGGAGUUCGAGGAGGAGGCCGGGGACGGCAGCGGCAUCCAGAGCCUCGCGCUCGGCGCGCUCGACAACAGCUUCCUGGUCGGCGGCGCCGGGAUUCAGGUGGUCAAGAACUUCCGCCACGGCGUGCACGGCAAGGGCGUGUCGGUCAGGAUCUCGGGCGCCCGCGGUGGCGGCAGCACCACCAGCAGCACUAACUACGCGACGCCCAAGAAGGCCCUGCUGAUGCGCGGCGAGACCAACAUGCUGCUGAUGAGCCCCGGGGACACAGGCGCGCCCCAUUCCAACGGCGUCCACCACGUCGACAUCGAGACCGGCAAGGUCGUCACCGAGUGGCGGUUCGAGAAGGACGGCACCGACAUCACGAUGCGGGACAUUGCCAACGACAGCAAGAGCGCGCAGCUGGAGCCCUCCGGAUCGACCUUCCUGGGGCUGGACGACAACCGGCUGUGCAGGUGGGACAUGCGCGACGCGAGGGGCAGGGUGCAGACGAUCGGCAACUCCUCCUCCGACUCGCCGGUGCUGCACUGGUCGCAGGGCCACCAGUUCUCGCGGGGCACCAACUUCCAGUGCUUCGCGAGCACCGGGGAUGGCUCGAUUGUUGUUGGCUCCGUCGAUGGCAAGAUCAGGCUCUACUCCAAGAGCUCGAUGCGGAUGGCCAAGAUGGUGUUCCCAGGGCUUGGGUCGCCGAUCACGCAUGUGGAUGUUACUUACGAUGGGAAGUGGAUCCUGGGCACCACGGACACAUACCUGGUUUUGAUCUGCACCAUCUUCAAGGACAAGGAUGGCAAGGAGAAGACUGGGUUCAGUGGGCGUAUGGGAAGCAGGAUCGCGGCGCCCAGGUUGCUGAAGCUCAGUCCGCUUGAUUCAAUCCUCGCUGGGAACGACAACAAAUUCCAUGGUGGACAAUUUUCAUGGGUAACGGAGGACGGGAAGCAAGAGAAGCAUCUCGUCGCGACGGUCGGCAAGUUCAGCCUCAUAUGGAACUUCCAAAAGGUCAAGGACAGCAACCAUCACUGCUACCGCGACCAGGAGGGCCUCAAGAGUUGCUACUGCUACAAGGUCGUCCUCAAGGAGGAGUCCAUCGUCGACAGCAGGUUCAUGCACGAGAACUUCGCCGGCUCCGACUCCCCUGAAGCUCCCCUGGUGGUCGCCACCCCGAUGAAAGUCAGCUCCUUCAGCAUCGCAAACAGGCGUUGAUUCUGAUGUUUCUCGAUUCUGAACCGUAGUGUCUCUGUGCAGAUUGGUCACUCGUCUAAAUUUUUUUUGGUUCUUGCAACAUUUUGAAUGUAGAGUCAUGUACUUAUUUGCUUGCGGUUUUAGACUUGCGUGUUUGCUUGUUGGCAAAACAUAUGGCAUCAUUCUGAAUGUUCGGACAAUAGUGUAGUGAGUGGUGUUCUCUCUGUGUGUGUAAUGCAAACAUCAUUUUCACGCGUGUACAAUGAAAGUGUGUUGAAAAAGAGCAUAUGAAUGUUUGUUCUUUCUCC